GUGAAACUUACCUCAGAUAUAAAAACUGCGCUUCUCAGUGAAGAAUACGUAUUAGCGGCAUUUCUUGAUGUGGCAUCAGCAUACGAUAAUAUGAAAGGGACGUGGAAUACAUCAUCGAUAAUAAAACAACGGUCAGAAGAGUAUCAAGAAAAGGUCUACCCCAGGGAGCGGUGUUGAGUCCAAUCUUGUACGCUCUCAACUCUGAUGAUAUUACCGUGGAUGUUGAUGCCGGUGUAAUGGAGUUAGAAUUUGCGGAUGAUAUAGUGGUAUAUAAGAUGGGUUCGGAUAGAAAGCAAAACAGAGAUAAGAUUGAAGAGGCAGUAAAUAUAAUAGCCAAAAACUUGGAGCUACUAGGUCUGGAUUUGGAGCCUAAGAAGACAACGCUGGUGGAAUAUUCAAGGAGCGGUUUCGUAGAUGACAAUAUUAGUAUUAUGGUGAAAGGGGUGACAAUACCAAAUAGUAGCGAAUCCAGAUUCUUGGGAGUUCGAGUGGAUAACCAAGUAAAAUUUGAAGGGCAUAUUCAAGAUGUGAGAGCAAAAAUAGAAAAGGCAAAUUCUAUCUUAAAGUAUUUGAAUAGUGUAACAAGAGGUUCUGAUUGCUAUACAGCUCUUUUGCUGUAUAAGAGCUUAGUAAGAUCUGUAACAGACUAUGGAUGUUUUGUUUAUGCACCUACUACCGGCUCGCUAAGACUGAAAUUAGAGAGAGGUCAAUAUCUGGGUUUGAGGACGGCGCUUGGAACUAGGAACAGUACCCCGACGAACGUGUUAGUGGCGGAAGCCAAGGUAGAUCUUCUCAGCGUAAGAGCUAUGAUGUUAGCCAAGAAUUUCUGCACGAAGAUUAUUAAAUAUGGUAACCCGAGUAUUAGAGAAAGUAUAGACAUCUUGAGUCAAAAGGAGAUGUUGCAUAGGAUGCGGCACCCACAGAAAAAAAAGAGUAUAAUUUCAUUAGCGUGGGAUAGAGUCAAAUUGUUUAGAAAGGAUAUCGGUCAGUCACUGAAUAAUUUUGAAGUAUGGGACAUGAAUUAUGAAGAUCUCACGGAGGAUAUAACGAUAGAUACUGAAAUAGGUUUUUCGCAUAGCGCUGGUAGGAAAACCAAGGAAAGAAGACGUCUUGAAGAAAUGAAAUAUGAAAAAAAGGAUUUGGAUUUUAUCAAGGAGUUUUGUGAUGAGUAUGAUCUGGAAAAUCCUAUGGUUAUCUAUACAGACGGAUCAAAAUCAGAGGAUUCCGUCGCGACAGGAGCUAGUGUGAUUUUUGAAGAUAACAGUCAAGCUUUGUAUGCUAGUCUUCCGAAGAUGUGGUCGUCGUUCUCUGCGGAGGCUUUUGCAAUAUCUACUGCAUUGGAAAAAUUGGAGAAGGAUCAAGAUCAAGGAAAAGGAUUUUUCAAGAAUGUAUUAAUCUUAUCGGACUGUCAGAGUGUUUUGAAAGCCAUUAAAAACAAUAGGCUGGAUGUGUACAAGAGUAGUCUCAUCUUAGAUAUCAGAAGACGUCAUUUUAGGCUGAAAAAUAAGUAUGGAUGUACAAUUAUAUACGGCUGGAUUCCUGCUCAUCGAGGAUACACAGGUAAUGAGAUGGCGGAUUUGCUAGCGAAGGAGGGUGCAUCGGAAGAGGCUAUGUCGAAUUUUCCAAUCCCGAUAAGUGAUCUGAGAUGUAUAUUUAAAGAAGAAGCUUGGAAUUCGACUCAGGAUGUAUUAAUCAGGGAAAGUUCCUAUAAAGGAAAGGAUUAUUUCCGGAAUUUCUUUAACAAAAAUAUAAAACAGCCUUGGUUUAAACAAGUUAGAGCGGAGAGAUAUUUUUAUUCUUUUAUAAAUCGAAUAAGAGCAAAUCACUAUAACCUGAAUGAGUCCCUAGCUAGAAAAAACUAUAUAGAUUCCCCUAGAUGUGAAUGCGGAUAUGAAAUCGAAGAUAUAAAUCACGUGAUAUGGCAGUGUAGCAGGUAUGACGCAGAACGUGAGGUUAUGGGCGAGGAACUGGUGAAACGGAACAUUCAUGGAACGGAGGAUAUCGUUGAUCUGAUUAAGAGAGAAGAUUGGAAUAAAAUAGGAGUGAUUUUUAAUUUUAUCAAGCGGACGGGCAGAAUCAUAUAAGGGUCUUAACUAUUUGCGCUAUAUAACCCAAAGGCAGGGUUGAAGGCGCUUUGCUCCUUCCCAAAGGAGCAGAAACCAAAAAAAAAAAAAAAAA